AUGUCCAUUGACGAAGUCAUCUUUCUGCUGACCAUUUCUCUGGACAAGCUGCCCACCACUACCGUCAAAGCCAAAAGUGUGGCGACCAUCUGGAGAUGCGACCAAGAAAGAGCUCCAGGAAGCUUGUGCAAUGGAAACUUUGAUGGUGAGGGCCAUGAGGCACUUGCUGAAGGAGCUGCUACCAGUAAUGGAGCCAGGGAACUUGGAUAUGGAUCUUCUCCUGUGAUUAAUGACCCAUUCCAACAAGUCUUCUUCCAAUGGAUGUUCCCUAAUAGAAAUCAACAUUACACGGGGAUGCUCCAAUUGCUUUUGCUUUUCAGAUGGACCUGGAUUGGUAUCCUUUUUAUACAGGAUGACAAUGGCCUCAGGUUUAUACAGAAGGAACUUCCCAAGUUUUCCCAGCAUGGUAUCUGCUUUGAUUUCAUAGAACCAUUCCCAACUGUGUAUUUCAAAACUGGCAUUCAUGAAAUGAUGGAAUCAUGGGUUAAACUGUAUGUCUUGAUAAGUGAUAGCAGUGCCAGUGUUGUGGUUUUACAUGGUGAAAUUCAUACUACAAUCUUUUUGAGAAUGUUUCCCAGAAUUUUGGAAGUUGAAGAUAAACAAAUGAAGACAGGUAAAGUCUGGAUAAUGGUGGCACAAAUAGAAUUCACUUCUGUUCCCUUUCAACAAUCUUGGGAUAUAGAUAUCCUUCAUGGUUCCUUGGCUUUUGCAACCCAGUCAAAGGAAGUGGUAGGUUUCCACAAUUUUCUUCGGAUGAGAAACCCUAAUAUGGAAAUUAGAGAUAGUUUUAUUAAGGACUUUUGGAGACAGGCAUUUGAUUGUUCCUUCUCAACUUCCUUCAAAAAGGACAAUGUUUGGAAUCGCUGCAGUGGGGAGGAGAAACUAGAGACUCUUCCUAGGUCUGUCUUUGACAUGAGCAUAACUCCCCACAGCUACAGUGUCUACAAUGCAGUUUAUGCUGUAGCCAAUGCAUUCAAAUCCAUGAGCUUAUCAAUGCUCAAACAAAGAACUUUAUCAGAGGAAGGACAAAAUAAUGUUCUGAAUUCAAUGCUUUGGCAGCUCCACCAUUAUCUCAGAAAAGGCUCAUUUAACAACAGUGUUGGGCAGAUGAUUUCUUUUGAUCAAAAUGGGAAUUUGGAAGUAGGAUUUGAUAUUAUCAAUUGGAUCACAUUCCCAAACAAAACACUAUAUCGAAUCAAAGUAGGAACAUUUGAUCUCAGAGCUCCCAAAGACAAUGCUUUUAGUCUUUUUGUUGAUGCCAUCAGAUGGUCAAGGAGAUUUAACCAGAGACUUUUUCCCCCUUUUUCAGACAUGGAUUCUUGUUAUCAGUGUCCAGAGGAUCACUAUCCCAGCAAAGCCCAGGAUCAGUGCAUUCCAAAAGAGAUCAGCUUCCUAUCAUUUCAAGAACCUUUGGGGAUCACCUUGACCAUUUUUGCUCUUUUAUUUUCUUCCAUCACAGCUCUGGUCCUUGUGGUCUUUGUCCAGCACAAAAAUACCCCCAUAGUCAAGGCCAACAAUCAGAGCCUCAGCUACACCCUCCUUGUCUCCCUUCUGCUUUCCUUUCUCUGCCCUUUGUUUUUCAUUGGUCGGCCUCAGACGGCAACCUGUCUCCUUCGCCAAACUGCUUUUGGCAUCAUCUUCUCUCUGGCAGUUUCUUGUGUGGUGGCCAAAACCCUCAUUGUGGUCUUAGCUUUCACGGCCACCAGGCCAGAUUCUAAGAUGAGGUCGUGGGUAGGGAACAAGUUGGCCCUCUUCAUAGUGCCUUCCUGCUCUUUUGUUCAAACUACUCUUUGUACCAUGUGGCUGGUAAGCUGUGCUCCCUUCCCAGACCUUGAUACACACUCACUGACUACAGAAAUGGUCCUGGAGUGCAAUGAAGGCUCCCCUGUCAUGUUUUAUUGUGUCCUGGGUUUCAUUGGUCUCUUGGCUAUGAUCAGCUUUUCAGUGGCUUUCCUUGGCAGGAACCUUCCAGAUAGUUUCAAUGAAGCCAAAUUUAUCACCCUCAGCAUGCUUCUCUUUUGCAGUGUUUGGAUCUCUUUUGUUCCAGCCUACCAGAGCACCAAAGGGAAAUACACAGUGGCUGUGGAGGUCUUCUCCAUCUUAGCCUCAAGUGUUGGAUUACUGACCCUCAUUUUCUUCCCCAAACUCUACAUCAUCUUAAUAAGACCUGAGCUGAAUAACAGGCAACAACUCAUGCAAAAAACCCUCAUAAAAUGA